UCGCGAUAGUUGGUAGGCCGCUGGGCCGUAUAAGCCUUGUUGCCUGCAUGAGGCCUGCCCUUUCGCCAAGAUGGCCCCCAAGCCGAAGAAGCCAGUCGCCCCCCCGCCUAAGACAGAGGCCAAGGCGAAGGCCUUGAAGGCCAAGAAGGCUGUCCUGAAAGGCGUCCACAGCCACAAGAAGAAGAAGAUCAGGACUUCGCCCACCUUCCGACGGCCCAAGACCCUGCGGCUGCGCAGGCAACCAAAGUACCCUCGGAAGAGCGCUCCCCGCAGAAACAAGCUCGACCACUACGCCAUCAUCAAGUUCCCCCUGACCACCGAGUCGGCCAUGAAGAAGAUUGAGGACAACAACACGCUGGUGUUCAUUGUGGACGUCAAGGCUAACAAGCAUCAGAUUAAGCAGGCGGUGAAGAAGCUGUACGACAUCGACGUGGCCAAAGUCAACACUUUGAUCCGGCCUGACGGUGAGAAGAAAGCCUAUGUCCGGUUGGCCCCUGACUAUGACGCCUUGGAUGUUGCCAACAAGAUUGGGAUCAUCUAAACCAUCACUGCCAGGACUGUACAGAGCGCAAUAAACUAUUUGACUUGUUA